AUGGCAGCGCGCGAGUCCACCAGCAGCCCAGACUUUAUCACGAGUACAAACGAAACCACUACAUUAGUCGCUACGGCUGCCUCUCCGGCCAUCGUGAUUCUGGAUUAUGGCCACAACGUAGAGGGGAUCCCGGCUUUCGAGGUCUUGAACACCGACGGCGACACCUCAGUCUUGGAGAUCACGUAUGCUGAAGCAGGCGCUGCUCUGAAUUUAUACAUGAAGCUAAAUAUCUCUUCUGCCGGCACGCUAUCGUUGAGUAAUAUUGGCGUUUGGCCAACCAUCUACACAACUGCAUUGACUGAAUUGCCAGGUUCGUUUGUGAGUUCUGAUCAAGGCAUCAACCAUAUCUGGAACACGGGGGCACGGACGAUUCAGAUGACUGAGAUCCCGGCUAAGUCAGUACCCGACUUCUGGCAAGUCACAUCCGAGGGCGCGCUCGUUGACAGUCUGGCGCCACAAAUUCUUGGGUUCGCCGCAGCCGCCCAGCUGCUGACCUACGAUGUCCAGUUCAGCGUGAAACCUGCGGUUGGAGGGUUCGGGUUUACCGUACUGUCGGAUACACUCAACUCGGGUGUCUACUUCUCGUGUAAUGUCGUCAGUCGAAAGAUCACAGCGCACGCGGGAUCAACAGCUCAGGAUACACUACUGCAGUCUUUCGAUUUGCCAGAGAACCUGACCAUCGCCCUUGGCUCCUGGAGCACCGUGUUCGCUACAGUGGCAAUCACCGAUAUCAGUGUUUCAAUCGAUGGUAUUCAGAUAGUUCAGAUGUCGCAGACAUCUAGGUUCUACGGCUCUUUUGGGCUAGGGGCAUCCAUGGGCCACCGGGCGGUCUUCAAGGAUCUAUCGGCCACUUCUGCAGGGCAAGAAGUCUACUCCCAUGCCUUGACGGAUACAACAUUCCUGUCAGAUUUUUUCAUGGGUACGAACCCGGCAAAUAUCAUCGUGGACGGCUCGCGACGAGACCGCAUCGCCUACACCGGAGAUCUUGACGUCGCCGGCGGCAGUUCUUUAGUCAGCACGCAUGGCGUGGACUUCAUUCUCGGAGCACUCAACCUCCUUGGAUCAUACCAGACCACGUCUGGGUUUUUCAUUCCCACUGCCAAGAUCCAGCAGGAACCGUUGAGCCAGGAUCUCGAUGUUAACGUCACCGGAUUAAUUGGUUACUCGUUCAACUUCGUGACCGCGGUAACCUCGAUUUACAUGCAUACGGGUGAUACUGCCUUUGCGCAAAAGUGGGCGCCCAAGCUGCAAAAAAUGCUAGACUGGGCCGAUUCCCAAACCCUUGAUAACGGGCUGUUCAAUGUUUCGCAAUCUUCCUUCGCUGGCGAUUGGAACUACUAUGAUCCUGCCCAAUCCGGUAUCUCGACCAAGUUUAACGUCUUAUAUGCGUAUUCUCUACAAGAAUCUAUGAUACUCCUGGAAGAUGCCGGCAUAGAAAUAUCCGUAUAUCAAAAGCGGCUCGACUCCCUUCGCCAUGCAAUCGACAGUCAACUAUGGAGCGAUGACCUGCAGGCUUAUUAUCUAUCUGAGGAAUUUACCAACGGUUUCGGACAAGAUUCCAACGCAAUCGCUAUCCUAGCUGGCGUUAACAAAGACCCAUCACAUUCGUCUAAGAUCAUUCUAUCUACACUCUCGACUGAGCUAGGAAGACCUGCCGGACCUAUGGCGUUCUCGAGCGGCCUUAUCGCUUCGGGGUUUCAGCCGUACAUCAGCCCUUACGCUUCAGCAUACCACCUCCGCGCUGCACUGGCGUCGAGCAACGGGGACGUCGCCGUAGGGCUUCUGCACGAUCUGUGGGGUUCCAUGGCAGAUACAGACAACGCCAACUACACUGGCACCUUCUGGGAAACACUGACAGAGGAGGGAAGGCCAGCUCUGGGGCUGUCUACCAGCCUGUGCCAUGGUUGGUCAGCGGGGCCAACGGCAGAGCUUACAAAGUAUGUGCUCGGCGCCAUGCCCACGCGCCCCGGCUGGUCUGAGUUCAGUAUUUCUCCCAUUACUAUUGGGCUCAAAUCCGCCAAGGGACGUAUCCCUCUCAUUAAUGGGCAGAUCAACGUGGAGUGGAAUUUUAGCUGCGAUGGCCUCCUGACCAUGGUUGUUGAUGCACCAGUCGGGAUUAAUGGGAUAAUAAACCUGCCGACACCACUGCGCACAUCAGUGGAUGAUUCUUUUUUCACAGUCAACGGUGAGACUGCCAAUGUAACUACCUUCGAGGUUGUCGGAGGAACGACGUUCGCUUUAGAACAGACACAUAAAGUAUCAUAA